AUGUCUAUCCCUCCCUCGACUCCGAAUCCAGCUCCUCCAUUCCAGAUCCCCGAACGGACCUCCUCGCUUCUUGGGGAAACCCGCCUCCAAGCUGUGAGGCAGCUCAUGGAGUAUAAAUCCUACGCUGAGCUUGUCAGACAAGGCAUCCUCGAGGCCCGUGACCAGCAGCGCCUCCCGCCAAGCGAAUUUACCGAAUUGAUCAGCCCCGUGUUGGGAAGACUGACCACGGCAAAUUCAACCCUGCGAGUUCUCAAGCGCCAAAGACAGGCUAUUACGGAUGACCUCGCAGAGGACGUAGCAUCCAGGCGCCGGCGACUUGCUGAGCCAUCCGACCAAGGCCUUCUAGAGCGAGCAUACGCCGACACAAUCCUCACUCGCGUGAUGAGCACGUGUGCCAAGCAGUCCGCCUUAGUAUUUGACAAGAAGCGGUUCAAGAGCGCCGUGAACGAUUAUUAUGGCAUCAAAUCCCAACGUCCUACCAAGGAAUACUCUUGGUGCCAUGUCAUCGGGGAUUGGAUAGCGGCCGAAUUAACCAAGGCGGCUCACAUUGUGCCCCAAAGCCUCCAUGAGACCGAAGUUGCCCAUAUUUUUGGUGACGACGAUGAGGUUCUCUCUAAUCCUCAAAAUGCGGUAUCCCUCCAUAAGGGCAUCGAACGCCUACUAGACCAAGGCGCCAUUGUGAUAGUCCCAUCGCCCGGGGACUUCACAACUCCGACAACGUGGAGAUGCUUAGUGCUGGACCGGUCAAUGGACAAGGAUAUUGUCUUUUACCGCAGUAAGGACUCCAUCAUUAGAGUCAAGGACCUACAUGAGCGACCGUUAAUUUUCCUUAGCGAUAACCGGCCUCGACGCCGGUAUCUUUAUUUUCGGUUCGUCAUCUCAUACCUGAACGCUAAAAGACGUCAGGUAGACGCAAUCACAGUUCCUAUGGAGACAAAAAAGUUCUGGCCAUCUGGAGGUGCAUACCUCCACAGCUCGAGCCUAAAAGCGCUAGGUCGCUGUGUCUCUGGCUGCGAAAUCCCAGAGCAGAUUACGGCAACGCAGACAUUUGAGGUAACGAGCCUCGAGGCCCAAGAUAUUGAUGCCAGUACUGCCCUGGCAGCGGGAAUUAUAGACCUCCAGCCUCCCCAGACAGGCCCACAAAGCAGUCGUAUUCGGCAGUAUGUGAUCGAGUCUGCCCGUUUCAUUCCUUCAGAAAGGACGUUUGAGGCUUCGAAAGACCCUUCGCUGUCAGAAAUGGCGCCCUCAGAGACCUCCGAAGACCCUCUGGCUCUUUCACGGGAGAAUUCGCCGAGCUUACAUUCUUGA